AUGAAAUAUAGUGAUGACGAGGAUGAUGAUAAUGAUGAUGUUGGUGAUGAAGAAGAUAAUGAUGAUGAUUCGCAAGUUGGUAAAAGAGAAGGGGAUGAUGAGGAAGAAUACACUGAUAAAGAUGAAAAAGAAUCAGUAGCUGACAUGGGAGAAGACUUCACUCAUAAAAUGAACUCUCCUCCAAGGUUGAACAAGCACGUUCGUUUUUCAACUACUUUUUCAUCCUAUUCCUCUGUUGAUGACACUAUACCUUGUGGAUCAACCCCUCCUGUUGGAGAUACUACUGAGAAAUUGAUCCAAGAUGAACUUUCUCCAAAAUUGUCUCCUUCUCCUCAAGUUGAUACUGUUCCUCAAGAUGAGAUGGUCCCCCUUACGCCAACACCCAUUACUACUGUUACUCUUCAUCAGGGUGAUCAGGAAGCAUCCAACUCCAACUUUCAAAAUGGUGAUGAUGAUGAUGAUGAUAUGGUUAUUGAUGACACCCUGCCAAUAUCUCCAGGUAAUCAACCUCCUACGCCUCCACCUCCAUCAACAAACAUUCUUCCACUACCUCCUCCACCAUAUUAUCCUCCUCCGAACACUCCUCAUCCUCCUAACUCUCUCCCCCCCCCCCCAAAUCUGAUGUUGCCAAAAAGGGGGAGAAUAAUCAAGAGGGUCCGUAGCCAAUGCAAAUUCAAGUGA